UCAGCGCGUUGAUGGUGGCGGCCUCGUCAGCCUAGCAUCAGGAAGAGGAUGUUUGCUUCAAGUCAGGGGAUAAUAGCACCUGUUUCUAUGCAUUUAUAAUCAAUUAAGCCACCUUAGAGUUUUUCUGUAGAGCCUGCUUGGAGGUAGACAGCACAUUCCUUCACCUGGAGCCGCCCUCUGUGAGCGUGAAGCAGGGCGCUGGGUAAAAUGUCCCUGUUCCAGUCGGCACUGGAUUUCCUAGCCGGGCCCGGCUCGGUUGGGGCAGCCAGCCGAGACCAGAAUGAUUUCGUCGGACAGGUGGUGGAGCUCGGAGAUAUGAAACUGAGGAUCAAGAGGGUUAUUGCAGAAGGAAGCCAAAGGUGCAACAAUGAGAACAAAGCAGGUGGAUUUGCUUUUGUGUAUGAAGCCCAGGACAUGAGCAGUAAUAAAGACUAUGCCCUUAAGAGGUUGCUGUCCAACGAGGAGGAGAAGAACAAGGAAAUCAUACAGGAAGUCUGCUUCAUGAAAAAGCUGUCGGGUCAUCCCAACAUGGUUCAGUUCUGCUCAGCUGCCUCCAUCAGUAAAGAGGAGUCAGACACCGGGCAGGCAGAGUUCCUGAUCCUUACUGAGCUGUGUAAAGGUCAGUUGGUGGACUUUAUCAAGCGGGUUGAGCAGAGAGCUCCCCUGUCAUGUGACACUGUGCUGAAAAUCCUCUACCAGACGUGCCGCGCCGUGCAGCACAUGCACAAACAGAAGCCUCCAAUUAUACACAGAGACCUCAAGAUUGAGAACCUCUUGAUUAGUAACCAGGGCACCAUCAAGCUGUGUGACUUUGGCAGCGCCACCACAGUGUCACAUUACCCAGACUACAGCUGGUCUGCACAGAAGAGGUCCAUGGUGGAGGAUGAGAUCACAAGGAACACCACUCCAGCAUACCGAACGCCAGAGAUGAUUGAUCUCUACUCCAACUUCCCCAUCAAUGAGAAGCAAGACAUCUGGGCCUUGGGAUGCAUCCUCUACCUGUUGUGUUUUAAGCAGCAUCCAUUUGAAGAGGGGGCUAAGCUGCAAAUCGUCAACGGAAAAUACUCCAUCCCUCAGAACGAUGUCAAGUACACUGUGUAUCAUGACCUGAUACGCUCCAUGUUGAAGGUGAACCCUGAGGAGCGUCUGUCUAUCACAGAGUUGGUCAACCAGCUCCAGGAGAUAGCAGCAGCACGCAACGUCAAUCCCAAGUCUCCCAUUACAGAGCUUCUGGAGCAGAACGGAGGAUUCGGCAACAACGGAGCCCAGCCGCCCAUGCAGAUCCACAACGUCCACAACAAUGCAGGUUUAUAUGAUCCUGAUCAGUCUGGCAGUGGCCUCUUUGAUAUCUUAAGAGGAGGAACUGAGCGCUUUUUGACAAACAUCAAAGACACUUCCUCUAAGGUCAUUCAGUCAGUAGCAAGCAACCCAAGUUAUGCCAAAGGAGACCUGGAUAUCUCGUAUAUCACCUCCAGAAUAGCAGUCAUGUCCUUCCCGGCAGAAGGGGUGGAGUCAGCGAUAAAGAACAACAUUGAAGACGUCCGUCUGUUCCUGGAUUCACGUCACGCUGGUCACUAUGCUGUGUACAAUCUCUCCAAACGAUCAUACAGGCCUUCUCGAUUCCACAACAGGGUUUCAGAGUGUAACUGGCAGCUGCGUCGUGCUCCCAACCUCCGCAGUCUCUACAGUGUGUGUAAAAACAUGCAUCUAUGGCUCAAACAAGACCAGAGGAACAUCUGUAUAGUGCACUGUCUGGAUGGGAGAGCAGCAUCAGCAGUCGCAGUUUGCUCCUUUUUGUGUUUCUGUCGCCUUUUCACCACAGCUGAAGCUGCUGUCUACAUGUUCUCAAUGAAACGCUGCCCACCCGGAAUAGCACCCUCACACAAAAGGUAUAUAGAGUACAUGUGUGACAUGAUGGCAGAGGAGCCCAUCAUCCCCCACAGCAAGCCCAUCGUGAUUCGCUCUAUUGUCAUGACACCCGUGCCACUGUUCAACAAGCAGCGUAAUGGAUGCAGGCCGUUCUGUGAAGUUUAUGUAGGAGAUGAGAGAGUCCUUACCACGUCACAGGAGUACGACAAGAUGAAAGAUUUCAAGAUGGAGGAUGGAAGAGCAGAGAUUCCACUCAAUGUGACAGUACAAGGAGAUGUACUGGUUGUGAUCUAUCAUGCACGGUCUACACUGGGAGGACGUCUACAGGCCAAGAUGGCAUCCAUGAAGAUGUUCCAGAUCCAGUUCCACACAGGAUUCGUCCCCAGAAAUGCAACCACUGUGAAGUUUGCCAAGUAUGAUUUGGAUGCCUGUGACAUCCAGGAGAAGUAUCCUGAUUUGUUUCAGGUCAACCUUGACAUCGAGGUGGAACCAAGAGACAGACCCAGCACAAAGAUCCCUCCUUGGGAGAGCUUCCAAACAAAGGGCCUCAACCCCAAAAUCCUCUUCAGCUCUCGUGACGAACAACAGGAGAUCCUCAGUAAAUUUGGUAAGCCCGAGCUGCCUCGCCAACCUGGUUCAUCAGCGUUUUAUGACUCAGAAUCUUCCCAGCCAGCUCAGACCCCUGAAGGUUCCAGUGCAACAGAGCCAGAGUCUCCUGUGAGCACAGAUAGCAACGCUAACAACUUCUUCCAGACACUGGAUUGGGAAGAUGUGCGUGGCUCUCAGGAUGACAGUCAAGGAGGGGGGUCUACAAAUGACCAGGAGGACCUGAGUGAUCAGUCAGAAGGAGAAUCAUGCUCUUUCUCCGCCCCAAGUGGAGAGCCGCUGUCACGUGACACCAGUGAGCCGCUAUUUGAUGCUGACUUCCAGACCCCACCUCCAGCAGCCCAGGAAUCUCCCAUGGGUGACACAGCUGACCUCUUAGGGUUGAAUGCUGACCCUCAACCUCCUCCCAUGUCCUCAGCCUCCUCCACUGCUCCUCACCAAGGAGUUCAGGGAGGAAUGAAAGCUGCAUCAAGCAACAGUGACCUCCUUAACGACCUGUUUGCACCCCCUGGUGGUCAGACAGGAGGAAUCCAGGAAGACUUGUUCUUUAGUGGACCAACAAGUGGGGCCACACCUGAUUCAAAACCUAUGGGGGACCUCUUUGAUCCCUUUGGGAUGGGGUCUGGCUCUGGUGUAGGUUCCAGUGUCAGUUCCUCUCGGCAGGCCUCUGGGCCAGACCUGUUUGGAGACCUGUUGGGUUCUGAUAGUUCAGCUACUAGCGGUUUCAGUUCAGUUCACAGUAAUGCUACCCCUGCUUCCAACACAAGCCUCUUCAAUCUCAAUAAGCUAGUGAAUGAUGCACCGAAGAUGACAUCAUCAGCCAGCCAACCAGACUUGCUGGGCGGCUGGGAUAACUGGGCAACUGGCACCACUGCCAGUAUGAGUGCCACCACCAGCAAACCAAACUACACAAAUACAACUUCUGGUAUGUCAUCCAUGUCGAAGGCCAAGUCUCAGACCUUUGAUCCUUUUGCUGACUUAGGAAAUCUGGGGUCCAAUUUACCAGGAUCCUCCAGCGGUAACUUUUCAGGACCUUCUUUCAACACAAAGCCUCCUCCUUCCUCCACGUCUUCCUCAACUAAGCCUCAAGCCCAGCCCUGGCAGUCUGGAAGACCAACCUCAGCUCAGAACAAACCGUGGAUGCACGGAUCAGGAUCUGGUUCUGCACCAAAAGCAUCGUCUCAGCCUGCAGGAACACAGCCCACCAAACCUAAUUACAACCUCAACUUCUCCAGCGUCAUUGGUAGCAGAGAAGAAAGAGGAGUUCGUGGGCCUGGGUUUGGCCCCAAGCCAAAGGUAAAAGAGGACGAUUUUGAGGAACUGUUGUCAACUCAGGGUUUUGCUGCUAAGCCUGAUAAAAGGGGACCAAGAACGAUCGCCGAAAUGAGAAGACAGGAGAUGACAAAAGACAUUGAUCCACUUAAACUACAGAUCUUGGACUGGAUUGAGGGGAAGGAGCGAAACAUCCGAGCGCUGCUGUCGACCCUGCACACAGUGUUAUGGGAAGGAGAAACCCGCUGGAAGCCUGUGGGCAUGGCUGACCUGGUGACACCUGACCAGGUGAAGAAGUACUACAGGAAGGCUGUGCUCGUUGUCCAUCCUGAUAAGGCUACAGGAAUGCCUUAUGAAGAUUACGCUAAGAUGAUCUUCAUGGAAUUAAAUGACGCCUGGUCAGAGUUCGAGAACCAGGGAUCCAAAGCACUCUUCUAAAAACUUGAUCUGGACCCACACAGACCGUACUGGACUGGAUUCGGCCUAGCAAGAGUUAGACCGGGCAGGAUUGGACAGGACUGAGCCCACAUUGGGCCUUAGGGGGCGCAGAGCCUCUGAGAGGUGUCCUCUCUACCAUUCCCUUCACUCCCUUCGUCCUUCCUUAGGUUUGUUUUUUUUUUUUUUUUUUUUUUCUUUCUGUUCACAAAGAUAAGGAAAAAGACCUUCUGCCUCAUGCCUGGCUGUGGUGAAAAUUCCUUUACUUGGUUCAUAAACAGCCAGGUGUAUGAACAUUGUGAUAGUUCUUAAACUCACUGCCUACCUGUACCAUUGCGUGACUGGUGCUUCAAACAUCAAGAAGGUGGAAUGGGUGACAAUCACAAGAAGAGGAAGAAAGAAAACACAAAGACCUUUCAAGUGAGGUUAUUAUGCCAUUGUUGUUAAAAAAGAAUGAUUAAAUGACCCUACACUAACAAACUGCUGGGAUGUUUUGGCCAUUGCUCGUAGGUUUGUCACUGUGCCUGGCACUUUUGCAGUCAAAAAAGAAGUUAUUUACUUGAGGGUAAAAAAAAAAAGAGAACAUGGCAAUCUUGUACAUUUUUCAGCAUGCCAGCAAAAAAGUGGACAUUGCAGUUAUUUGAAUGUUACAUUUCUAAUCUUAGUUGCCUCGUCUAAUAGCUGAUAAUUCUUGGAACAUACCAGCCACAGCAACCAAUGGACAAAACAAGAUCUCUUGCAGAAAAAGACUGAAACAAAGACAGUGGAUCCACUAAAAAUACCUUUGAAUACUUGUUGGGUUUUCUCUUGAGCCAUCUCCUCUGAAGACUAUUGCCUGCUGAACACUACUUGUGCUGCUUCUAUCAUAAUUGUUCUUGCUGCACACACACACACACACACACUCCUCUGACUGAGAAAGUCUGCAUCCUGAACUUCUGAGUUAGGCGCUGGACUUGUCGUAGCCCUGUAUAAACCCAGUCAGGCACUCUGUUGUUGUUGAAGUGCUCUUUUAAUUCCACCCACUCAGGCUAUACUGUGUAGCUAACUGCAUGCUCUCCUACACUGAACCUCUGCACAACAAGGAGGGAGGUGUGUGUGAUUUAAAGCAGGGUAGUCCAAAAAACAAACAAAGACACGGGGUGGGGGGCUCCUUUUUUAUUAAAGUGCUCUUUUUCUUGUAGCAGAAACAGAGAGGAGUCUUACCUGCCUGAUUAUGCUGUGAGGCAGACACCAUGCCUUCACAGCGAUUGCAUUCAUUCUUCAUUGCUGUAGUAUUUCAAACCCUCUCUGUGUCUCUGUAAGCCUCCAGAGCAGGCUGAAUUGGACUUAAGUGAUCAAAAAGUGAAGGAAUGAAAAGAGAAUACUUGUUUUAAUCUUUCUCGUAUUGUUUUUUUUGGGUUCUUUCUUUAAGCUCUAAGCUUUUUGUUAAUCAUCACUUCGUUGUAAAUAUGAAAUUAUGAUCCAUCAAGUGGCUUUGUUAGAGUUAGUGAAUGAGUUUCAUGCUUGGCUUUGUGAAUGAUUGUGUGAGUGAGUGUUUGAGGAUUUUUUUUUUUUUAAUCAUGCUUUCUUGUCUGCAAUCACAAUCGUUUCUUUCUUAAUAUAACACUUGUUUUGUUGUGUUUUCCAAGAUCUUUCCAACUUCUGUUAUUUUUAUCACGUUACCUCAUGGACCAAUCAAAUCACCUUUUUUAUUUAUUAUGAGUUUUCUGGGAGGGUUAGGGGUUAUAAUGACAUGUAUUCACACAUAUGAACAGCACAAUUAAAAAAUUGUCAGAUAAUAUAUGAGGAAUGUGCUGAGUGUAAGCAAGACAGUUGAUCGCAGUGAGCCUCUUUGUUGCUGUUUUCAUUCCAAAGCGUCUAUUAUUAAUAUGAAUGUGCUUUUACAAAUAUAUAUAUCUAUAUCCUCUUUGUUGUUAAGCGGUAUGUGUUUAUCAUUUGUCAGUUCAGUCUGUCCUUUUGUUAACCUUUUGUUUCAUUGUUCUUUCUGCAGAACUGAAGUUUCUGUUUUGCAUUCGGACAUUUUGUUAUAAUUCCUAUUCAAGGGGCCAGUGAACUGAAGUAAAAUACAAAAAUAAACUGAAGCUUGAAAUUCAGUGUAAACUCUGACAGUAUGGAGAAGAGGGAUUGCAAAACGAGACCACACAUCAGCAGUGUUUACUGUACCAAAUCACAUCUUAACUAAUAUGAAUGUAGAUUUCAGCAGAAAAAAAGAAAAAUUAAAAAGAAACUUUGAUCUGA